UGGCUGAACCGGGCAGGCUGGAAACGGCACUUGAAGGGACUGGACCGACUAUGGCUACUGGACAUGGCACAGAUACCCAGCUACCGAGAGCGGGCACUGCGUGACGUGUGCUGGGCCGCGGAGAUGGUGAUCUGGAGGGCGCAGCAGGCUUCCCACUCCAGCGUAGUAGGCAUGCCCGCCAUGAUGCACAUUAACCGGCGCGAGUAUGGGACUACUACCAACGAAAAGCCGUUUAACGCGAGCCAGACAGAGCUCACUAUGAAGAAAUACCGUCUAGUGUGGCUUCAGGUGAUUGCGUAUAUCUGGCGGACAUACGAGCUGCCCGUAGUCCAGCCAGAUUUGCGCGAUGAAGUGCAGGGCAGACGCCCCCCAUACCGCUUGACGAGCGAGCAGAAGGCAUGCUUGGAGGAGAUGAAGGAGAUUAUAGGUGAGGAAGAGCGACUAGACGGAGAGGAGGCCCAGGCGUUGCAAGAUCAAGUGCUCGCAUUCAUGCUUGCGCUGCUAGAUCACAUGCUGGCCAGCAGCGAGUAUGAGAGCGGCUUGAUCAGUGGCAUGGCG